UGAUUCAGUGGUGUCAGAGCCAGCAAAGCCAGCAAGUGGCCAACAGCACUCUAGGAAUAUUGCAAUUGUUUGUUUGUUUUUGUUUUUCUUUUGUUGUGACUGUGCCAUGCCCUUGUUUUUGAAAUUCACGAAAUUACGACGAACCAAGCGUCGUUGUCGACGCAAUUCCUCCUCUUCCUCCUCCUGCAAACAGAUGAACUAUGAUGGACUGCUCUCCCAGCUGACCGAAGACAAGCUCGCCAUAUUCGAGACAAGUGGCGCUGCUGGCCACCACUUGGUAGAUGGCGCAGUGCAGGAUGGCGCCAUCGAGGAGGAGCAGGCGGCACCAAUACAAACCAUACCACACCACACAGCAAUCGCUGCUGCAGCUGCAGUUGCUGCGUCAGCAGGAAGUCAAAACGCCAAAUUGGAGACGACACCUCAGCGUAAAAUAUCGACGUCAUCACGUUUCAUGAAUGCGUUUAGUCAGCUUUAUGGCGGCAGCAACAACAAUAGUCACAGCAAUUGCGGUCACGUGGAGCAGCAUAAUGAGGAUGCCGACCUGGCAGCUAAUCGCACGCCUACCAAGGGCAUGGAAUCGAAGCUGGUGGCCAUGUGGCACAAUGUCAAGUAUGGCUGGAGCGGCAAAAUGCGUCAGACGAGCUUCUCGAAAGAGCAGCCCGUUUGGCUGCUGGGUCGUUGUUAUCAUCGUCGUUUCACGCCACCCGUCAGCAUGGAGAACUCCGUCACGGAGCUGCCAAGUGGCGCCGAUGCAACGCCCGACAAUGCAACAUCAGCGUACGACAGUGAACAGGCAACGUCAACAACAACAACAACAGUACCAUCGUCAUCCUCUGCCUUGUAUCCCACAUUGAAUCCGCAGCAAAUCGAUGAGAUUGUUGUGCCCCAAGAGCUCGGCAUGGAUGCUGCAGAGAAUCAGCUGGCCGAGAGUCCUUGGGAAGAGGGCAUUGAAGGCUUUAGACGCGAUUUUUACAGUCGCAUUUGGAUGACCUAUCGUCGCGAGUUUCCCACAAUGAAUGGCUCUAAUUAUACAUCGGAUUGUGGCUGGGGUUGCAUGCUGCGCAGCGGCCAAAUGCUGUUGGCCCAGGGACUCAUCUGUCAUUUCCUUGGACGCAGCUGGCGUUAUGAUUCGGAUUCGCAGCUGCAUUCGACGUAUGAGGAUAACAUGCAUAAGAAGAUAAUCAAAUGGUUUGGCGACAGCUCCUCCAAAAGCAGCCCCUUCUCCAUACACGCACUGGUGCGGCUAGGCGAGCAGCUGGGCAAGAAACCAGGUGACUGGUAUGGUCCAGCUUCAGUUUCGUAUCUGCUAAAACACGCCUUAGAGCUGGCCGCUCAAGAGAAUGCCGACUUUGACAAUAUAUGCGUUUAUGUGGCCAAGGAUUGCACCAUUUACAUGCAAGACGUGGAGGAGCUAUGCAGCAUCCCAGAGCCAGUGCCCAAACCUAAUGUGCCUUGGCAGCAAUCGAAGCGUUGCAAUAGCGCCAACAAUAAACCGGAUCAACAACAGCACUGGAAAUCCUUGAUUGUGCUAAUACCAUUGCGUCUUGGUACCGACAAAUUGAAUCCUGUUUAUGCGCAUUGUCUGAAACUUCUGCUGAGCACGGAGCAUUGUCUGGGCAUCAUUGGUGGCAAGCCGAAGCAUUCGUUGUAUUUUGUGGGUUUCCAGGAGGAUAAACUGAUACAUUUGGAUCCGCAUUACUGCCAGGAGAUGGUGGAUGUGAAUCAGGAGACGUUCUCCAUGCACUCGUUUCAUUGCAAGUCGCCGCGCAAAUUAAAAUCGAGUAAAAUGGACCCCAGUUGCUGUAUUGGAUUCUAUUGUGCCACUAAAACUGAUUUCGACAGUUUUGUGGAAAGCGUGCAAUUGUACUUGCAUCCUAUGCGUUGUGCUUCGGGUGCUACAAUGGACAAAACCAACUUGCCACAAUGGCAGCAGCAACAACAACAACAACAACAGAUGCAGCAGCAACAGCAACCGCAGCAAGCUGAUUGCAUUGAAAUGAAUUAUCCGCUAUUUACUUUCUCCCGUGGUCGUUGCAUGGAUCAUGCACGCGAUGAAAUGAGUGAUUCACUCUACAAGCCACUUAUAAAGCAAGUGGCAACAUUGACUCAGGAACUAGAGGGUUCCACAUUGCCGCCACUGAACAGCUAUGAGCAUGAUCCUGACGACAGCGAGAGCGAGGAGUUUGUGCUGCUCUAAUAGCCGCCACACAUAUACAAAUAUAUAAGCCAUGAUUGCCCCGCCCAUAUUAUAAAUUAUCCUUCCCUUCCUUCAAUUGACAGUCGCCGUUGCUGUGCAAACACUGUGUUAUAUAUACUUUUAUUUGUUCACUAUAUAUUAUUAUUUGUAAUUGUCAUAGUUUAAGUUGUAUCGCCGUUGCUCGCUCGCUAGCUCGCCCAAAUCUAAACAGACGUGCAUCUCAACAUCAAAGACUUUUGUUAUACAUUUACGUACACAUGCAUAUUGCGUAUUUCAUCAUAUUGUAUUUGCAUAUUAUUGCUUAUCAUUAUUGUUAUUAACAUUGUGAUUACCUUCUUUACAACAAAA